CGCUUUCAUUUCUCAUACUGCAGCUAACAAGGUCUGAACGUUACCAGGGCAACAAAGGACGCCGUGCUAGCGCAGCCUAUGAAUGGGGCUCAGAUCGCUCUUUCCUCCCUGUUCCUCCAUAAUACACUAUACAGAGGCCGGGGAUAGACAGACAGCGCCUCCCGCAGGGAUUUCCUCCAGGCAGCGCCGGGCAGUCCUCGUAGGUCCUGAGCCGGGACUGUGACGUGGCGGCUGCGUGUGAAGCGGAAGCCGCUUGUGUGCAGUACAGGGAGGAAUUGUCCGGACACCUAUGGCGGGGUGGGCCGGAUUCUCUGAGGACGAGCUCCGGAGGAUGAGGUCCCGGCGAGAGUUGCCGGAUCCUAAGGGUCCAGAGACUUGUCCACCGGAAGCAUUUUUUAGCCGCCAGCAGCCUCAAGCUAAAAAGGCUCCGGUUCAGAAGCUGGCUAAGCAAGAGAGAGUCCCAACUCCCCAACAUAACCCUUCCCCGCCCAUCCAGAAGAAUACGCCCUCUCCAAUAAACCUGUCCAGUUCAACCGAAGUGAAGAAACCACCACAAGAUAAACCUAAAAAAACAGCGACAGACAAAAAAGAAAUGCCGGCAGAGUCACCUAGUAUUGAGGUGGAAGAAGAUGAAGAGCUGUCAAAGAAAGAGGUGGAACUGAGAGACAGAUCGCGUUUGGAGCAACUUCAGCUCGAGCAACGUUUAAUGGAAGAGAAGAAUAAACGGAAGAAAGCGCUACUGUCAAAGGCAAUUACCGAGAGAUCAAAAAAAACAAAAGCCGAAGCCGUCAAACUGAACAGGAUCCAGAAGCAGCUUCAAACCUUGGAUGACAUGGUGUCCACAGACAUCGGGAUAUUGCGGAACCGAAUCGAGCAGGCGUGCCUAGAGUUUUCCCAAGCCAAGAAACGUUACGACAAAGCAGAAUCUGAAUACGUUACCUCAAAAUUGGACUUGUACAAGAAAACCCAGAUCAAGGAGCAACUCACAGAACACCUGUGCACCAUCAUACAACAGAACGAACUCCGCAAGGCCAAGAAACUGGAGGAACUUAUGCAGCAAUUAGAAGUGGAUACCGACGAGGAGAGACUGGACUUAGAAAUAGAAGUAGAACAAAUGUUACAACUACAAGAAGCUGAAGCAAGGAAACAGCCGGUGUCACCCACAUCAGAACAGAGCCAGCAGAUCACAACACCAGAUUCCAGCGGCGGGUCACCUCCAGAGAAAGAGACCCCAGCUGAAAGUGACCCAGGACAGGAUGAGCUUAAGAGCCAACCCACAAAUGACUUGGGUGACACCAACCUAAAUAACCAGACAAAUCCUGUUCCUGGUUUACAAGGAGACACUGUUCCUUCUUGAGACACCAUUCCGAAGUGUGUCGAUAUUCUAGUUUCUUCAUUUUAUAUUGGGGGGUAUUAAGAGACUGGACUUUAAAGGGGUACUCCACUGCCCUAGUGUCCAGAACAUUUAGCUCCCGAAGCUGGCUGCGGGGUCGUGAUGUCACGGCCACGCCCUUUGUGAUGUCAUGCCAUGCCCCCUCAAUGCAAGUCUAUGGGAGGGGGCGUGACUGCUGUCACGCCCCCUCCCAUAGACUUACAUUGAGGGGGGCGUGGUGUGACCUCACGAAGGGCGUGGCCCCACAGCCCGCACCCAGCGUUCCGAACUAAAUGUUCCGGAUGCUGGGGCAGAAUCCUGUAUAUUGAGAAAAAAAAAUUGUGUCCCAAAGCUCUAGGUUUCUUAAAGGGGUAUUCCAGGCCAAAACUUUUUUUUAUAUAUCAACUGGCUCCAGAAAGUUAAACAGAUUUUGUAAAUUACUUAAUCUAAAAAAUAAAAAAUGUUAAUCCAUCCAAUAGUUAUUAGCUUCUGAAGUUGAGUUGUUGUUUUCUGUCUUACUGCUCUCUGAUGACUCACGUCCCGGGACGUGACAUCAUCAUUGAGCAGUUAGACAGAAAACUUCAGAAGCUCAUAAGUACUGAAAGGAUUAAGAUUUUUUAAUAGAAGUAAUUUACAAAUCUGUUUAACUUUCCGGAGCCAGAUGAUAUAUUUAUAUAUUUAAAAAAAAAAAAAAAAAAAAAAAAAGAAAAAAGGUUUUGCCUGGAAUACCCCUUUAAGUAUGUAUGGUAUUGGGGGUUUUGUUUCACAUAAAUUGCAGCUACCUGUAAAUCUCCAAAUCACUAUAGACUUUGGAUUGUAAAAUUUUAGAUGAGAUUAUUAUUGUGGGACUUACAAGCAGGGUCACUAUUCACUGAACCUGUGUGGGAACGUCUUGGUUGUAUUAAAACACUACUCCGCUUUCUUGUAUAUUUGCAGAGGUGCUAUUCUGUUAUUUCUAUAUGAAAUUUAUUGUGUAUUAAAAAGUGUUUUUAUAUUCCUAAGCAUUUAUUUUAUUAU